UCUCAACGUUUAAACACUCAACAUGGUUCGCGCACUCUUCACCAUCAUGGCCCUGACCAUCAUGGUCGCCUUUGCCGCCGCUGGUCACUUCGGCGGAGGUGGAUUUGGUGGUCGCUUUGGUGGAUUUGGCGGUGGAAAAUUCGGUGGAUUCAGCAGCGGAGGAUUCGGAGGUGGAUUUGGAGGUGGACACAGAGGCUUCGGUGGAGGUUUCGGAGGGUUCGGAGGCGGACACGGAGGGUUCGGAGGAGGAUUUGGAGGAUUCGGAGGUGGAAUUGGAGGAUAUGGACGGUAAACCAUGGACUCUCACAUCACAACAGAAGAUAAUUUUCUUAUAUUUCGAUAAUAAAAUUACUGUCAAAGACA